AUGGCCUGUCAAAUCAUGUUGUUUGUGCUGCUUUUGGGGAUGAUCAUUUUUGUGAUACACCCUUGUUCCCUAGGACCCCUCUACACAAUAUCUGGAACUGCAAGCUCUCGAUCAGAUGAUGGAAGUUCUCCACGGAUUGCCCUAAAGCGACCUUUUGUCUAUUUUGGACGGACAUACCAUCAAAUUUAUGUCAACCACAAUGGACACCUGACAUUUGACAAUCCACUCAGGGCACAUUCACCUCAAAGGUUCCCGCUAUAUGUACCCAGAGACUUCAUCGCUCCAUUCUGGACAGAUCUCGACAACAGAGAGAUUGGUCAGGUCUACUACAACCAAUACACCAGUGGCAGUGUACUCCAACAAGCUACACGGGACAUUAAUGACUACUUCCCAAACAUGAACUUCAAUGCCAACUGGGUCUUUGUUGCAACAUGGUAUGAAGUGGCCUACUUUCCAAAUUCGGGAACACGUACAACCGUCCAGGUGGUGUUGAUCUCUGGAGCACAGCACUCGUUUGUGUUGAUGAACUAUGGGACAAUAGCCUCAACCAAUUGGAACGUUCAGGCUGGCUAUGAUACAAUAAACUCAACUCAUCAUUUUACCAUACCUGGAUCAUUCACUAAUGCUGCAACAGGCAGUAAUUCAAACUUCCUCCUGAGCAGCAAUGUCAAUGUACCCGGUCGCUGGGCUUUCCAGAUAGACCAUGGAUCAAGAUUCUGCACAUUCAAUGGUGUACCCAUUCAGCUGGGUGACUCAUUCUGGAGCGACAGUACCUGUGCACAAAAGUGCACCUGCACCACAGCAGGCUUGAAGUGUCACAGCCAACCCUGCACCUUUUCCCAAAUCUGCCAACCUGCUGACUUUCAGUUCUCCUGCCAGACGGUGGAGAAAGGCACCUGCAGCAUAAGUGGUGAUCCACAUUACUAUACCUUUGAUGACAGAGUGUUUCACUUCCAGGGAACCUGUACUUAUGUUCUCUCAGAGCAAUGUGGUCAUGGGCUGCCCUACUAUAGAGUAGAGGGCAAGAACGAGCACCGGGGCAGUACUCGAGUCUCUUGGACAAGACUGGUCAAAGUGUACGUCUAUAAUGAAACAAUCGAGAUUGUCAAGGGACGUCGUGGUCAGGCAAAGGUUAAUGGCAACUUUGUUGCCACUCCCAUCUCCCUUAACAAUGGCACAGUCCAGGUUUAUGAGUCAGGAUUUUCUGUGAUCGUCAGUACUAACUUUGGCUUAGAUGUGUCUUAUGACACCAAUCAUUAUGUUUGGAUCAGUGUGCCCUACACUUACCAGAAUGCAACAUGUGGCCUGUGUGGAAACUUCAACAAUGAUCCCAGAGAUGACUUCAGAACCCGCCAAGGUGAGCUUGUGAGCUCUGAUGUGGUUUUUGCAAACAGUUGGCAAGCAUCAGGAGACGAUGAGCCUGGUUGUGGACCACAGUGUGAAGGUCUGGACUGUACUACCUGCACUGAUGCUGAGAUAGCAUUAUACAACAACAAUGCCCAUUGUGGUAUGCUCUCGAACAUUUCUGGACCUUUUGCCGCUUGCCAUGAGCAACUUCCCCCACAGAACUUUGUGGAGAGUUGUGUUUAUGAUCUUUGUCUGGGAGGAGGGUAUCAACCCAUUCUGUGCCAAGCCCUAAAUGUGUAUGCAAGUCAGUGUCAACAGAAUGGUAUAGAGCUGCCGAGCUGGAGGAGACAAGGCUUCUGUGAAAUCCCCUGCCCUGCCAACAGCCACUUUGAGUCCCAAGGCACAGGAUGUCCAGCAACUUGUGUCAAUCCAAAUUCUACCCACAACUGUCCUCUCCCUGCCCAGGAAAGCUGCAUCUGCAAUUCAGGCUACGUCCUUAGUGCUGGAGUCUGCGUCCCUCAUGCCAAGUGUGGCUGCAGCUUUGAGGGUCGCUACUACCGCUCUGGAGAAACUGUAAUACUAGAUGAGGACUGUGGGAGACGUUGUAGUUGCAGUUAUGGCACUAUGACCUGCCGCUCCCAUGGAUGUGGCCCACUUGAAUCAUGCAGCAUAGAGGAGGGAGAAAGAGGAUGCAGACCUAAGAAUUAUGCAACAUGCUGGAUAAGAGGCCCAGGGACAUAUCAAACUUUUGAUGGACUGACAUACCACUAUCCUGGAGCAUGUCGAUUGACUCUUGCCAAAGUAAUGGGAUUGUCUAGUCACCCACAUUUUGUGGUGACAGCUGAAAAAGUGCCCAAAGGCCAACAAGGUUUUGCCCGGUUGCUAAAGUUUGAGGCAGAGGGAGUACAUGUGUCCAUUGAGAUGGAAAAUAGCAGCAGAAUACAUGUUGAUGGUCAGCGGAUCAGACUACCCUUCAGCUCAGCAUCCAGCAGAAUCCAGAUCUACCACAGCAACAUUCACAGUAUCAUCCUGCGCACCUCCUUUGGUGUAACUGUGCAGACGGUCUGGCCUCACUUUGUGCGUGUCACUGCACCUGGCAUCUACAGUAGUUCACUGGGUGGACUCUGUGGUAACUACAAUGGUCAACCACAUGACGACUUCCGUACACCCAAUGGCAUUCUGGUCAACAGCUCUCAGGACUUUGGGGACAGUUGGCGAGAUGGCUCUCUUGCUGCACACUGUGUGGAAAGUGUAAAUCAAAACUCUACAAUAAACUACAAUUCUAGCGAGUACUGUGGCAUUCUUGGCUUACCGCAUGGACCAUUUUCCCAGUGUUGGGACAUGGUGGACCCACAGCAGAAUAUGGAUGCAUGUGUGGAGAUCAUUAAGACCUCCAGAGAUCCAUCAUCGGCACUAUGUGAGGUCCUACGAGAUUACGUACUCAUGUGUCAACUAAAGGGUGUAGCCCUUGGACACUGGAGGAAAGCAACUAGUUGUGAGCAAAACUGCCCUCAAAACAGCCAUUAUGAAGUCUGUGGAACCUCUUGUCCCUCCACCUGUCCCAGUCUCUCUUUCCCUUUUGAAUGUGGUACUGUGUGCCAGGAGGGUUGCCAAUGCAAGGAUGGUUUUGUCCUCAAUGGAAACCAGUGCGUACCACCAACACAUUGCGGAUGCCAUCACCAGGGACGGUACUGGCAAGCUGGCGAACAGUUCUGGGAUGGUGAGGAGUGUCAGAGCUUUUGUGCCUGUGAUGGCACUACUGGGGUAGUCCACUGUGUCCCCAACUCCUGUGGUCCCCAGGAGUCCUGCCGUGUGGUGGAGGGUGAGUUUGGCUGCCAUCCAAACCAUCAUGGCACCUGCUCUGCCUCAGGUGACCCUCACUACAUCACCUUUGAUCGCAAGGCCUAUGACUUCCAGGGAACCUGCCGCUAUACUCUGGUGACCCUUUGUAAUACCACUGAUGGACUCCACCAAUUUUCUGUGGAGGCUAAGAAUGAGCCGUGGAGUGGGCUGCCAGUUUCAAUCACAGCUGAAGUUUUUGUAAAUGUGUGGGGUUUUCAGUUGCACAUGUCAAGAGACAGACAUGGUGUGGUUCAAGUAAAUGGAGAAACUAAAACUGUACCUAUUCUAUUGAAUGGAGGUCAGGUUUCAAUCUAUUCAAGUGGACCUCGUGUAUUUGUCAGUGCUGAUUUUGGCUUGAGUGUUACCUUUGAUGGAUAUAGUUCAGUGUUUAUCUCUGUACCAGCAGAUUACAGAGGAAAAACAUGUGGACUUUGUGGAAAUUUCAAUGGAAAUCCAAAUGAUGAGUUCCACACUCCAUCUGGAAUGAUGGUCACCACUCCAGAUGAGUUUGGGGCAGCUUGGAAAGUGGAAGGCGACUAUACCUGCAGUGAUGGGUGUGGCUCCUCCUGCCCACAAUGCACCAAUGACCUCCCUGCUAGAACCCAAUGUGAGGUGAUUCAAGCAGCUGAUGGCCCCCUCAGCUUCUGCCAUGAAGAGGUGGACCCAGCACCAUAUUUUAAAGACUGUGUGUUUGAUGUUUGUGUGUCGGGAAAUGAGGGGCAAGAUCUUCUAUGCAGAGCCAUUGAGGCAUACGUAAGUGCCUGUCAGUCUGCUAAUGUUCGAAUCUACCCUUGGAGACAGGACACCCCCUGCAGACUUGACUGUCCAGCCAACAGCCAUUAUGAGCUGUGUGGUACCGACUGCGGCCACACCUGUGCCAGCAGCAUUGAUGCUGCCUGUGAGCAGGGUUGCUCUGAGGGAUGUUUCUGUGAUGAAGGUUUUCUCAGGAGCGGGACGAGAUGUGUCCCAGUCGAAAGCUGUGGCUGUCAGUAUGCAGGCUUCUACUACAAUGCUGGUGAGUCCUUCUGGACAGAAGGUUGCUCCCAGCGAUGUGAGUGUCAUGCUCCCAAUGACCUGCGCUGCUUUGCUGCAUCAUGCACUUCGACACAAGAGUGCACCAUCAAAAAUGGCCAGCUUGGCUGUUUCGAUGAUUUGACCACCUGCACUGUGUUCGGGGACCCACACUACAUCACUUUUGAUGGGGCAUUGGCUCAUUUCCAGGGCACAUGCUCUUACAUCAUUACUGAAAGUCUGAGCCACGGCACCAAUGAAACCCAGUUUCAGGUCGUGGCUACCAAUAAUCACCGUGGCAACAACCAUGUGUCAUUUGUGUCAACAGUGGAUAUAUACCUCACAAAUCAGCCUGAGAGUGUGAAUGUUAGGAUUGGACCCAACAAAAGAGUGAAGGUAAAUGGAAGUGAGGUGUCUCUUCCCACCACUGUAGGAACAUUAGCUCAGGUAGUAAGGCAGGAAAACUACAUCGUGGUCAGUGCUGAUGACUUGAUAGUCCAGUUUGACGGGCAGAGUACUUUACUGGUCAGAGUGGGCCACCAUCGUCAAAACAGAGUCACUGGGAUGUGUGGAAACUUCAACAGUGACCCUGCAGAUGACAAAGUCCUGCCCAAUGGCACAUCUGCCCAAAAUGACAACCACUUUGGACACAGCUGGAAGUCACCAACAAGCCAACCACAAUGUGGAUCCACAGAUGAGGAUAAUGGUGAUGGACUGAACGACUGUCCCUUCAUGGAAGAAUACUCUGAGCUCUGUCGUGUCAUCACCAACAGUAGCGGCCCAUUUGGUGCCUGUCACCUGCACUCUGACCCGCGGCCGUUUUUCACUUCCUGCGUUUAUGAUCUCUGCCUCUACACUCCAGCCAACGGCAUGCUGUGUUCUGCAGUCUCCGCCUAUGAGAGAACCUGCUCUGCUUUGGGGUUGAACAUCCCAGAGUGGCGCCCUGCUUUGAAAUGUGCUGAGUCAGACCCCUGUGAACAGCUGGACUGCACAGAGUAUGAGUGGUGUGGUGAGAAGGACGGUGUGUACGGCUGCUUUUGUGAUGAACACCACCAUCGACCCAACAAUGAGAGCUACGACUCGUCCAUCACCUGCGUCAGUAGUUCAGGCACCAUGUCUGUAUCGCGCUGCCAGCUGUUUGAAGCUGGCUUCCCCUCCAGUGCCCUCCACCUCCGAGAUGACACCUGCAAAGGGACUGUCCAGGAUGGACGACUGGUGUUCCACUUUAACAAUGAUGACCAGCUGUGUGGGACAGUUCUCAGGAGCAACGGGACCCAUUUCAUGUAUGAGAACGCCAUCCAGGGCAACGUGGACCCUCAUGAGGGCCUCAUUAGCCGUGAGAAGAGAAUCCUCCUGCACUUCUCCUGUGAAUACCCUCUAGCCCAGGCCUUGUCUAUGGAUGUGGGCAUCAACCCUAUAGAGAGCAUUGUGAACAAAAGGCUUCCACUCGGCCUGGGUCGUUAUAAUUUGCGGAUGAUCCUUUUUGAGGACCCUGGCUUCCACAUCCCCCUGACCAGAAACAGGAAUCUAGAAGUGGAAAUGGACCAGCGGUUGUAUAUUGAGGUGCAGACAGAUGGAGUCGAUGAACAGCAGAUCUCCACCAUUCUGGAUUCAUGCUGGGCAACACCUUUCAAUGACGCAAGCUACCCUGUCCGCUGGGAUCUCAUCACUGCACAGUGUCCUAAUUCAGAAGAUGAAACAGUAGAGCUGAUUCAGAAUGGCGUCUCCACUGUGGCGCAAUUCUCCUUCAGGAUGUUCACCUUUACCAACUUUUCAUCCAUCUACUUGCACUGCCAGAUUCACCUGUGUCUUUUGAGACACAACAACUGCACAGCUCAUUGCUACCCGGGUUACCACACAAGAGUAGCAAGGGAUGUUUCACAUCAUGACACUGCAGCAAUCUCAUUAGGACCACUAAUCCUGAAAAAAGAUGACAGCAUGAAAUUGAGCCGUGCUUCAGGCCAGUUUGCCUCACUGGUGACCCUGCUAGUCAGUUUGCUGACGGCCAAAUCUCUGAGCUAG